GUACAGCCUGCAAAAGCAGAGGACGUACAACUGAAGCAAAGCGAAUCACCCGAAAACAAAAACUUCAGAGCAAUAAAACAGAACCUGGUCACUCUGGAAGAAUGGCUUCGGCUUACAAAGAAUUCAUAUUCAGCAAUCAACCCUGUGAGAACAGCUGCUAUGAAAACUUGUACUACGCUUGACUUCACAAGACAAGCAUCGGGGGAGGAGGCCCCUGUACAGCCUGCAAAAGCAGAGGACGUACAACUGAAGCAAAGCGAAUCACCCGAAAACAAAAAAUCCAGAGCAAUAAAGCAGAACCUGGUCACUCGGGAAGAAUGGCUUCGGCUUACAAAGAAUUCAUAUUCAGCAAUCAACUCUGUGAGAACAGCUGCUGUGAAAACUUGUACUACGCUUGACUUCACAAGACAAGCAUCGGGGGAGAAGACCCCUGUACAGCCUGCAAAAGCAGAGGACGUACAACUGAAGCAAAGCGAAUCACCCGAAAACAAAAAAUCCAGAGCAAUAAAGCAGAACCUGGUCACUCGGGAAGAAUGGCUUCGGCUUACAAAGAAUUCAUAUUCAGCAAUCAACUCUGUGAGAACAGCUGCUAUGAAAACUUGUACUACGCUUGACUUCACAAGACAAGCAUCGGAGGAUGAGGCCCCUGUACAGCCUGCAAAAGCAGAGGACGUACAACUGAAGCAAAGCGAAUCACCCGAAAACAAAAACUUCAGAGCAAUAAAACAGAACCUGGUCACUCUGGAAGAAUGGCUUCGGCUUACAAAGAAUUCAUAUUCAGCAAUCAACCCUGUGAGAACAGCUGCUAUGAAAACUUGUACUACGCUUGACUUCACAAGACAAGCAUCGGGGGAGGAGGCCCCUGUACAGCCUGCAAAAGCAGAGGACGUACAACUGAAGCAAAGCGAAUCACCCAAAAACAAAAAAUCCAGAGCAAUAAAGCAGAACCUGGUCACUCUGGAAGAAUGGCUUCGAAUUACAAAGAAUUCAUUCUCACAAAACAACUCAGUGAAUAUUCCUGCUACAGUUGACUGCGCAAGAGAAGCAUCGCAGAGGGAGGCCCCUGUACACCCUGUAACAGAAAUCAAAGAAGAACUCAGGCAGCUUCAGGCAUUCGUGGGCGUAUUGCAGAAUGAUUUAAACCGGAAGCAAAUGCAAAUUAAAUCAAAGUAUCAGGCUUUGAUGAGAGACUGGGAUAAAGACGAUGACUACCAUCGUCAAAGGCUCAAAGAUUCCCCAAUAUCAUGGCUAGGUAGUGAGUAUAGUUUCAGUUCAGAUGAGGAGUGUGAAAGAGAUGUUCUCACACCUAGCACGAGGCCCAAUAGUGUGAUCCUGGACGAUGCAGAACAUCUUGAGAGCAUAGCCACCAGAGGAGAGGUUCAGCUGGAUGAGGUGACACAAAAACCUGGGGUGGUUGUCUCUCCUAUAGAGGCUGGGAAUUACAUGAAGUGCCUUGAACCGACCAGGCAUAACACUGACACAGAGUGUCAAAUUAGACUCUCCAAAGCAGUGAAUUUGGAUGUGAAACCAAAGGCUUCAUCCAUACUGCCUCAUCCAUGCCACAGUAACAAAACUGUGAUUAAAGGAGGAGAUAGUGAAGAGGAGUCCAAGACCUCAUUCAGGACCCCUGAGGAGCACGUCUCCCCAGGUGACAAUGUCCCCAGUGUCUGGGAGCGGAUCUGCACCACUGUUUUCAAAAAGGGCAGGGGCAAAGAGAAGAAACAGGGUGUCAAGCCGAAACACCAGCCUGCCCUGCGUUCCAUUAGGAAAGCGUUUGUGCACCUGUGUUGUCUGCAGACAUGUGCAGACAAGAGAGGUGGCAAACGAUGAACACAGCCUUGGAAUGAGAUAACUUCUCUCUGCCAUAGAAAGAAACAGAAGGCUAAUGAGUCUGAGAGCUGUUGCUGGAUGUGCGUCUGAUUGUGGACAAACAUACACCAGUUCCGGACUCACACAGCCUGGUGGAGAAAGUUCAGAUCUCAUCCCAAAGUAAAGCCAGUGGUGGAUUCCAUCAGACUUGCUGCUCAGUAGAACUGAAGGUCCUCCGAUCCCACGACCAAGCCAAUCAUCUCUUUAUACCAGGGAGCUUGAGAGUGGGUGUCAGCAAGCUAUGGAAUGCAAAAGUCCCUGCUGGUUUUGCCUCCCUAACCCACAGGAGCACCAGAGCCAAUGAAACCCUCCCCCUGAAAUCCACAGCAAAGAUCGGACACGAACCUGCAGUCCCCUGACUUUAUGAUUCAUCUUGCACACCAGACAGCUGUGUCUUGACCAGGAUUACCUUCCCACAUCAGGGCACACAAUAACAAAGCCUACUGCAGAACAACAAUGUGUAGAACAAGAGCCCUUCUCAACCAUGUCCCAGUACCAGAACUGUGACUGAAGGAGGAAAGAGUGGAGAGGAGUCUGAGACCUCGUCCAGGCCUCUUGAAGAGCACCACUUCCAAGCUCACAAUGUCCAGUUUCUGGGAGAGGUUCUGCUCUGCAGUCCUGGGAAUCAGAUAACUUCUCUGCAAUAAGGAGAAACAGAAGGCUAAUGAGUCUGAGAGCUGUUGCUGGAUGUGCGUCUGAUUGUGGACAAACAUACACCAGUUUCAGACUCACACAGCCUGGUGGAGAAAGCAGAUCUGAUCCCAAGGAAAUAUAUUAUGCUUACACUUCCUGGGUCAUUUACCCUCAGCAGUGUGUUCUGGAUCAUGUGACUGGCUGAAAACAUAUCAGUCAGGAGGGGAAGCAGCUGAUUCGUUAUUGACAAGACAGAAAACAUGGAGUGGUGGGGGCACCCUCCAUUCUAAAUGACCAAGCCAGUGCAACACUGUCUGAAAGCACUGAUAUCAAACAGAGGUUUCUUUAACCAGCUGUAAUACCAGAUUUCAUGUUUUCAAAUAAAACUGGACAUUUGAGGCAUAUAUAACAAGUGGAGGUGUGCACCAGAUAUGAUUUAUGGAAUUAUUAGCUACAAUCACCCAGAAUACUUCAAUAGAAUAAUGAUUUCAGAAAUGGGUAAGACAAGUUUCCAUCUCACUAGUUCCGCCCACAAUCAUCCUGAAAUCUGAGGUCACUGGAUGCACUUGUAACAAUGGGCUGGCUAGUUUGAUAUUAAUACAGGCCAGAAGGCAGUGUAGAGUCCAGACAUGGAUUGUGGGUACAAGCACAGAGCACAUUUAUUUUAGUAGUCAAAUGCUUCAACCCAUACAGUUCCAUUUUAUAAAAUGUCUCAUGUCAGGUAUUAUUGAGCAGUAAUUUACCCAUCUAAGGCAUGCCUACACAGCUCUCAGCCUUCUUUUGAACUGAGAGACAUUCAGCAACCAGUAGAUGGCGCUAACGAAGUAUCACCAUUAGAUAUCAUCGACGUACAAUAAUUAAGCAGUAAACGAUCAUUGUACCUGUAAAAUAUUGACUCCCCCUGUUAAAAAGUGCGCCCCUGUGUAUACUGUCUGUUAUAUGUUGCGUGUGGUGUGUUAAAUGUUGGUGUGUAGGCAUUGGUACACAGGAUAUAAAUGGGUCUGUGUUUCACGUGUGUUUAGAAAUGUAUAAUUGUAUUUAGGCACGGUAUUGUACAUCUCUUCACGUGUAUGUAAAGUAGUUAAUAUGUGAGCACGAGGUUGCACAUAAUUAAUUCACGUGCUAGUAUUCAAGUGAAU